ACUAGGCCCAGGCCUGAGGCCUUUCUGACGGGCUGCUGCCAUCUUAAGAACAAAGAUUUUUUUCUACUUUUAAAAUUCUAAUUAACUUUUCCCUUUUUUACCGUAAAAAUUUUCACCUCAGGUUUAUUUAUUGUUGGUGUUUUUAUUGUAUUUAUUAAGCUGUUGUUGUAGUCGCUGCUAUUAUCGUUACCAUCACUACUACCACGCGCGCGUCUAACAUCCACACGACAACCACCACCAUCACCACCACCAUCAUCAUCACCACCACCAUCACCACCCUCACCACCACCCUCACCACCACCUUCCUCAUCACCACCACCCUCACCACCACCUCACCACCCACACUACCACCCACACUACCACCCUCACCACCUUCCUCACCACCACCACCCUCACCAUCACCACCAUCACCCUCACCACCACCAUCACCAUCGACACCACCCUCACCACCACCCUCCUCACCACCACCACCCUCACCACCCACACUACCUUCCUCACCACCACCACCCUCACCACCCACACUACCUUCCUCACCACCACCACCCUCACCACCACCUUCCUCACCAUCACCACCACCAUCGACACCACCCUCACCACCACCACCAUCACCACCUCCCUCACCACCUUCCUCACCAUCACCACCACCACCCUCACCACCACCACCCUCACCACUCUCACCACCACCCUCACCACCUCCACCACCCACACUACCACUCUCACCACCACCCUCACCACCACCCACACCACCACCACCCACACCACCCUCACCACCACCCUCACUACCUCCACCACACUCACCACCACCCUCACCACCAUCACCUCCCACACCACCCUCACAACAACCCUCACCACCACCCUCACCACCUCCCUCACCACCUCCCUCACCACCACCUUCACCACCACCUUCACCACCACCCUCACCACCCACACCACCACCCUCACCACCACCCUCACCACCACCCUCACCACCCUCACCACCCACACUACCACCCUCACCACCUCGCCACCACUCACGUCGCUGAUGGUGAAGAACAACAAUCGAAUGGUUGACGUCGCGGUCGGAUCCGGGCGCCAAUGAGGACCAACCGCAAGAGCUCCAGGAGGACCAUCAACGAGUUUUGCUACCAGCGGAGGAAGAUCUGCAUGAAGAAAUCAUGGCCGCACCCCGCGGAGGCGACGCCGGCGGAGCGGGAGCCCGUGACCGGCGGGUUUCUGCACGUGCGGCUGGAGCGCGUGCCGGUGCUGGAGCGCGCCGCCAGCGCCGGUGCCCUCUCGCCCGAGAGCUUCCGCACGUUUGUGACCGAGGAGGGCUGGCGCUGCGACGAAGGACUGUCGCGGGAGCCGGCGUCGGUGACCCCCCGCCGCUCGUUUCGGCAGGCGGGGGGCCAGGCGCCGGAGAGAAUCUUGGACGACCCCGAGGAGCUGUGCCGCAGCUGGCUGCCGAAGGCCGCCGCGUCCGAGAAAGACUUCGCGUCCCCGGCAGCCGCGAGGCCGCCGCCGAGGGCGGACGCCGCGCCGAGGGCGACCCCUCUGGACGCGGGUCGACGGCCCCGGCCGGCGCAGGAGGCCCUCUCCGUCGGCGAGAGAGGCGGCGCCGUGCCGCCGACCUCGGCCAAGGUCGGCGCUCGUGGCCAGGGCGGCGGCGGCGGCAAUGCCGACGGGCGCGGCGCUAAAGCGGCGGCGGCCCCGAUCCCAGCGGUCGCUCCUCCUGCGCAGGCCGUCCUCGCCCCGCCCCCGGUCCGAGCGGAGGCGGAGAACCCCUUCACCGUGAAGGUGCGGCAAGCGCCUGACCCGGCGCUGCAGGAGAGCGUGGCGGUGCCGUUCCGCUACUCGACCUACGACCCCAUGCUGGACGUCAACCCGCGGCUGAUGCGGGCGUUCGACGCCUUCCCGUACCCGACGCGGGACCGCGCCCUGCGCCUGGCGAGGCGCGUCCGCGUCACCGCGGAGAACUUGCAGGCCUGGUUCGAGGCCCAGCGUCUCAAGCACGGCAUCAGCUGGACCCCGGACGAGGUGCUGGAGGCCCGGCUGCGGCUGCGCAGCAGCGACACCGUCGACAGCGACGACGACGGGGUGGAGGCGGAAGAGGGCGGCUCGGGGUGGCCCAGCGGCUUCAGCGCGGGCGCGAGGACCGCGGCGCCGCCGCCGCCGCCGGCGACGACGACGAGAGGCAACAACGGCAGAAGCAACGCCGGCGGUCACGGCCAACACGAAGACGGCGUUCAGGGCGGUCACGCGAGACCUUGGCGGCACGCGGAGCCGACUGCGAGGCACGCGUCCGGGGUGGCCAACGGCGACAGCAGCAGCGACAGCAGCGGGGACGUCUUGUGCACGUCAACGCACGACCAGGUGCCGGAGCGCGGCGAGGUGCUGGAGCCUGGCGAGAUUGUGGAUCUGAGCGAGGUGGUGCAGCGUGGCGACGUGCCGGAGACGCAGGACACCUCGCUGCCCACGCACAUCCACAUGGCGCUGUGGGCCAGCUUCCACGAGUCGCCCUUCCCAUCGGCCGACAAGCAGGAGCGCCUGUGCUCGGAGACGGGGCUGACGCUCAAGACGGUGCAGCAGUGGUUCGAGAUCUGGCGGUCGGCGGGCCGUCUGCCGACGACGAGCACGCAGGGAGCCAGCGGAGCGUUCACGUCGAACUGGAAGCCCAACUGGAGCAGCGAGAACAGCGCCGGGCUGACCGGCGUGCGGGCGGAGCAGGCGGCGCCGGCCACCAUCGACAUCGAACUCGGCGCCAGUGACGUGGGUGAGGACUCGGACAGCGACGACGACGACGGGGGGCGGGUGGCGGAGGAGGAGGGGGAGAGGAGGGGCACGCGGGAGCGGGCGGGCUACGCCAGCGACGCCAGCGACGCCAGCGACCCCAGCUACAGGCCGGGCAACGGCAGGAAAGCGCCGGCGGCGGCGGCGGCGGCGGCGGCACCGGCGCAGAAGCAGUUGACGCCGCCGGGUCACGUGCCGUGCGAGCGCGACAUCCUGCGGGUGAAAUUCGAGGAGAACCCGUGGCCCACGGAAGAUGUCGUCGCCCUGCUGUCGAACGUGCUCCGGAUGACGCCCCUGCAGGUGCGCAAGUCCUUCUCCUACCGCCGGCAGCAGCAGCGCAAGAAGUUGAUGUUGGCCGAGCGGCAGCAGCAGCAGCAGGAGGAGGAGGAGGCGGGGGGGGGCGGCGGCCGGGACAAGCGGCCGACGCGCAACGCCAGGCGCCGCCCGCCGGCGUCGACGUCGCCCGGAACCUCCAGGGGUCACUCGCCCGCUCAGGCCUCGGAGGGGCGCAAGCGCAGCCCGGCGCCGCCAGGCGACGUCGCCGCGGCGAUCGCGCGCGCCCUGCCGCUCAUCUCGCUCAACGAGGCCUUCCUCAUGGAGCGGUCGCCCUCGGACGCGACGCUGCGGCGCCUCGUGGAGCAGACGGGCCUGGCCCCGCAGGACGUCGCCGACUUCUUCGAGCGCAAGCGCCGGCGCAGCAACGGCGCCGCUGGGGGGCCCGUGGCAGCAGGCGGCCCUCUCGCGCCGGCGGCGGCGGUGCAGGACGUCGCGCCCGAGUCGGUAAGACGUCCCGGCCACGCUUUGAUUAAAUUCUCGGACGAGGGGGCGGCCGUCGAUGCCGGCGCCGGCGGUGGCGCCGGCACCAACGGCGCCAGGGAGGGGAGGGGCAUCAUGGUCGUCAUCGGCAGCGUCGGCUGCGGCAUCGGUGGGAUCGUGAAGAGGAUGGGCGGCGACGACGGCGGCGGCGAGCACUGAACCAAACGGCUUUGCCGGUCCCCGCGCCGGCGCACGGCGGCGGUGGUGGUGGCGCAGGCGGCGUGGGCGGCGCGAUGGCGGCACCCCUUGGCGGCUGUGCCGGUGGCGGUGCGUUAGCUGGCGCUGCCGGCGGUGAGAAGACUCCUGUGGCCCGCGACAUGCCCACAACAGUUCCCCGGUACCAGCGGACAAUGGCACCACUAUACCUCCUCCACCUCCUCCACCUCCUCCAUCUCCUCCAGCUCACUCCUCGCCAAGUUGGCGGAGCAAGGGACACGUGGCCGGACUGUCGGCAAGUCGGCGUUGGCACCGGUGCCACGGCACUGACCGUCGCCUGCCCAGCGGUUGAUGCCUUGCCGGCGAUGCGCCCUUGAAUUUUUUGGAAGCUUCAACAACAACAUUGUUGUGGUCAUGGUCCGUUGGUGCAGGCAGGUAGCCCCCCCCCCCCCACCCUUAUUAGAUUGGUGGUGGUCCGUGGUGAUCGUGGUGGCGGUGGUGGUGGUCGUGGUGGCUGCGUUGGUGGUGGUGUUCGUGGUGGUGGUCUCCACCGCUACGUUUUCUUAUUCUUUAUUUCCACUGAACUCUCUUUCGUCUUGCGGUGCCGACACGGCUCCAGCGGUGCUCCACGGCCUUCCCCAUCACCCCUCUUACUUGAGCCCCAUCCCUCCCUCCCUCCACUCCUUCCCGUCCCCUCCUUCUAUAGGCCUUGCGGUCACUUCAUUCCGGAAUCCUUGCACUCGUUCAAUCCUUUCACUCAUUCCUGAAUCCUUGCACUCAUUCCUCAAUCCUUGCACUCGGAACGGAACAACGACAACACGAUUAUUUGCAGAGGUGCGACGUCACAGAGACGCCAACACCAAAUUUGUGGCGUCCGCUACCGCAGGUCCGUCAUGGUGGGGGGGGGGGGGGGGAGCCCUUGGCGAGUGAAUUGCCCGCUCCUACAACCGGCACAAAGCCAGGUGAGGGGAGGGGGCAGCGUGGAGAGGGAGGGAGGAGAGGGGCAGAUUCCCCAGGGGGAGGUGGUGGUUACAGGCCGGGGAAGUUUUGGUGGUUGUUGUUGGCGAGGGAGAGGUGAGAUUUGUCUGCAGGAGAAUAAAUUGGAGUGGGCAUUUGUUCACUGUCUUGUACAUACACCCCGUGCGCCGUUUGUUUUCUUGUGAAGGCAGUUCUCGGCUCACGGACGCACCGCCACUCUCUUGUCGAGUUCUCUGCUUUUCGUGUCUCGGAAGCGUGAGAGUGGUGAAUGUGUCGGGUGGUCAUAAGAAAAGCUCCACUAUUACGAUGGAAACUAAAGUGGACGUGAUAAAGCGUUGUGAAACGGUGGCAGCUACAAAUGUAGAACGUGAAGAACCAGUGGCAUCUACAUCUACAGAACGUGAAAAACCAGUGGCAUCUACAUCUACAGAACGUGAAGAACCAGUGGCAUCUACAGAACGUGAAGAACCAGUGGCAUCUACAUCUACAGAACGUGAAGAAACAGUGGCAUCUACAGAUGGUGAAGAACCAGUGGCAUCUACAUCUGCAGAACGUGAAGAACCAGUGGCAUCUACAUCUACAGAACGUGAAGAACCAGUGGCAUCUACAUCUACAGAACGUGAAGAA